AUGGAUCACGUUUUCCGUCUAAAACCAUUUGUUAAUGAAUAUGAUUGGGGUAAAAGAAAACAAACAUCUUUAGUUUACAAGUUGUUCAAGCAGUAUAUCAAUUCAGAAAAUGACUUAGAUUCCGACAGACGUUAUUCAGAAUUGUGGAUAGGUACACAUCCUUCCGGGCCAUCAACAUUAUUGCCACUAAGAGAUUAUAAUUUUACAGGUGUCAUUUUAGACGAUUUGGAAGAUUCUUCUGCAUUAUCUCAACAAUCAAAGGAUUCUAUAUACCUGGGCAAAAAUAUAGGAUAUCUUUCUGACAUACUAAAGAAAUUUUAUCUUGAAAAAUAUAAGAUCGAGAAUAAAUCAUUAAAAAUUCUUUUCAAGGUACUUUCUAUCGAUCGGCCAUUGAGCUUACAAAUGCACCCAGAUGUACAAAAUGCAGUUAAUUUGUUUCAGAGAAAUCAUCCAUCAAUAGUGGAUCAAUGCUCUAAACCGGAAAUGUUCAUAGCGUUGACAGAGUUUAGUGCAAUUAUAGGCAUGCGGAGUAUUGAAUCCAUUUUUAAAUAUAUAACUAAAUAUUCAGAAUUUGCAGAAAUAAUUGGAAUUUAUCUGAUCAACGAAAUAAAGUCUCUUUUGGAAUUAGAUCCUAAUACCCUUUCAGGUCUCAUUUAUAUAAAGUUAAUUAGAAAAAUAUUGGCCACACCGUCUGUGGACCUUUUAUCAACUUUAAUUAAUGAAAUAGAGAAUGAAAAAACAAGGGACUUGGCAGAAGAAUUCGUUCUUAUCCUUAAUAGAAACUGUGGUUAUGAUAUAUGUAUUAUUUUCCCAUUCAUCAUGAAUUGUAUCCGUGUGGAUAAAGGAACUGCCAUAUUUAUCCCACCAAAUACGAUCCAUUCUUAUAUUUAUGGUAAUUGUGUUGAAAUAAUGAAAAAUUCUGAUAACGUCAUUAGAUUGGGAUUGACUAGCAAAAUUACCGAUCCUGAGCUUUGUAUUGAACUUAUGGAGUCAAAUGUAGCAACUAAUGAACCUAUUGGUCAUUUGCAUUAUGUAUACCCAGAAUCAGUGUCAACGUUUACAUUUAAAUAUCAACCUACACAUGGGUCAUGUAAUUUUAUUGCAUGGUCUAUAAUCAUUCCAUCCGGAAACACCGAUAUCAUAGCCCUUUCAAACAAUGAUAACAUCUUUCUGGCAAUUAUAAUCGACACGAAUCCGCUAGUUUUUAUGAGUGUUAUAUCUCCAUCUUCAAAUUUUACGGAGGAAAAUAAAGUGGGUAUAGAACACACAGUUAUUGGGGAUUGCUUCUUGUUUCUCCCAGAAACAAAACUUGAAAUACACAACAACGGUAAAAGUGAUUUUAUCAUGUACAUAACGUCUGAACACCAAUAA